UUAUUUUCUGUAAAACGAAUAACCUUGAUCUCCCUCCCUCCCUCCCCUCUCUCUUUCUCUCUCUCGCUCGCGGCAGCUGAAGUGAACACGUUCACCCUCUACAAGUCGCUGCCAUACACACACACAUUACACACACAAAAGAAGCAUAACAAUUUCAUCUAUCUUUCAUCUUCUUACUGAAACGAUUAAUGAACUCUCUCCUUCAUUUGAAUUCAAAUGUUAAAGUAUUACAAAACCCAAUCACAUCUCUUUCUCUCUACUUUCUCUCCAAGAAUCAUUGUCCCUUAAUAAAGUUUCAAUCUUUACUCAAAUUUUCAUCCCAGCCCAACAGUUUGUCCAAUGAUUUUCAAGAAAGUUUCAAGAUUUUAGUAUCUAAGUUUUGUGAUGUUUUGAGCCAGCCCAACUGGCAAUCCAAUAAGGAACUCAAAAUUUUGGGCCCGAAUCUCAAUACCCAUUUGGUGGCCAAGAUUAUUGAAUCCCAUUUGAAUACUAAUUGUGUUUUGCAGUUUUUUUAUUGGGUUUCUAAGAGGCAUUUUUGCAAACAUGAUAGGGGCACUUUUGUGGCUAUGUUGGAUAGGCUUGUUGGAGAUGAGGAGUUUAGGAGUGCAGAUCAUGUUAGGAUAAUGAUGAUUAAGAGUUGUCGAAAUGCGGAAGAUGUGAGAUGGGUUGUUGAGUAUUUGAAUGGGCUUAGAAAGAAAGGUCUCCACUUUAGUUUGUAUAGUUGUAAUGCUUUGUUGAUUCAGUUUGGUAAAUUUGAUAUGGUUGAUGCUGGUAAGGAAUUGUAUCUAAGAAUGUUGAGUGAUGGGAUCGAACCGAGUUUAUUGACGUUAAAUAUGAUGAUUAAUAUGUUGUGCAAGAGGGGGAGGGUUCAAGAGGCUCAAAUGAUUUUGUGUAGGAUUUAUCAAUGUGAUUGGGUUCCGGAUGUGUUCACGUAUACUUCACUUAUUCUUGGUUAUUGUAGGAAGAGGAAUUUGGUUGCAGCAUUUAGAGUUUUUGAUAAGAUGUUGAAGGAAGGUUGUCUUCCUAAUGCGGCAACCUAUUCCACUCUCAUUAAUGGACUUUGUAAUGAGUCGAGGGUGGAUGAGGCAUUGGAAUUGCUUAAUGAUAUGAUUGAGAAGAAAAUUGAACCUACGGUGUAUACGUAUACUGUCCCGAUUAAUUCAUUAUGUGCUGCUGGGCGUGUGAAGGAGGCUAUUGAUCUUUUAUUUAGUAUGAGAAGAAGAGGUUGUUUGCCAAAUGUGCAGACUUACACGGCUCUCAUAAGUGGGUUGUCUCGAGCUAGGAAUCAUGAGUUGGCAGCUGGAUUUUACCACAAGAUGUUGAUGGAUGGCUUAGUUCCAAAUACUAUUACAUACAACGUCUUGAUAAAUGACUUGUGUGCUGCAGCAGGCAGGUAUAGUGAUGCUUUAAGAAUAUUUGAUUGGAUGGAGAAACAUGGUACCUUGCGCAAUACCGGAACUUACAAUGACAUUAUAAAGAUCAUGUGCUUAACUGGGCAAUUAGAGAAAGCUAUGAUACUUUUUGACAAAAUGCGAGAUGUGGGUUCUCUACCAACAGUUGUUACAUAUACUACACUCAUUGGUGGAUACCUGAAAAUGGGUAAGCUGAAGAAUGCUACGAGAUUACUGCAGGUGAUGAAGGAGAAUGAAUGUGAACCAGAUGAAUGGACUUAUUCAGAACUUGUUUCAGGGUUUUGCAAGGCAGGCAAACUUGAUUCAGCUAUUGCGUUUUUUGAGGAAAUGAUUGAUCGGAAUUUGAGCCCAAAUCAGGUGAAUUAUACUACUUUGAUAGACGGUUAUUGUAAGGAAAAGAAAUGUGAUGCUGCAAUGAUCUUACUUGAAAAGAUGGAAGCUAAGGGUUGCUUGCCGAGCAUUGAGACUUACAAUUCUGUUAUAUAUGCUUUUGCCAGAGAAGGUAAGCUUGAUGAAGCAGAAAAACUGUUCGAAGUGAUAUCAGAAAGAGGGUUGCUUCCAAACGUCAUCACAUACACAACUUUAAUUUAUGGGCUUUGUCGGAAUGGUGGAACAAGUCUCGCUAUCAAGGUUUUGCAGAAAAUGACUAAAAGACAUUGUUUCCCUAAUGUGAACACAUUUAACUGCCUCAUCUAUGGGUUGUGUCUAGAAGGCCAGGCUGAGGAUGCAGAGGUAUUAAUAGAGGACAUGCAGCGGAAAGGAUUGUCUCCUGAUACUGUGUCUUAUACCUCUUUAAUUGAUGGAUUUGUGAUGUCGGACAAGUUAGAUCAUGCGUUUGUUGUUCUCCGGAAAAUGGUUGCCAUGGGCUGCAAACCUAAUUAUCGAACUUAUGGUGUCUUGCUGAAAGGUUUGCAGAAGGAAUACCAGUCUAAUGUGGAAAAGAUUGUUUCACAGCACGAAUCAGUUUGCACUUCAGGUCCACAUAACAAGGAUGCUAGUUUUGACGUUAUAAACAAUCUUUUGGUAAGAAUGUCAGAGAGUGAUUGUGAACCAAAUGUUGACACCUAUUGCACUCUAGUAAUCAGUCUGUGUAGAGAAGGAAAAGUUCACGAGGCAGGUCUGUUGGUUAAUCAUAUGGAAGAGAGGGGCUUAUGUCCUAACAAAGAGAUCUACUGUUCUCUCUUAUUUGCUUAUUGCCGAAAUAUGAGAGUGGACACUGCUAAAGAAAUUUUUAACUUAAUGGUAAAGAAAGGGUUUACACCUCAUUUAUCCAAUUACAAAGCACUAAUUUGUGCUCUCUGCAAAGAAAAUUUGGUUGCUGAAGCAUUGAAUGUGUUUGACAACAUGUUUGAGACACCAUGGAAUUCUGAUGAGGUUGCUUGGACAAUCUUAGUUGAUGGAUUACUGCAGCAGGGUGAUGCAGAUGUAUGCAUGAAGCUUCUUUAUAAAAUGGAAAGCAAGGGUUUGGCUCCUAGUUCCCAGACAUAUAAUUUAUUGGCGAAAGAGUUGUCAAGAGUAGAAAAAUGUCUGGAUGCACGUCAGGUGUUAACUUAAGAAAUCUGAAUGAUGAUGCAUUACAUUGAUUUUUUCUUCUUUUGUGAAGUAAUUGGAAUUUGGGUAUUGCCACUUCAUAACUCAUUAGGCCUUUAGUUAUCAGGCGUCCAGAAACUGGGUAAGAGGAACGGCAUUACAAAUGCUUUGAUACACAGAAAGAAGUUGAGCUAUAAUACAUCAGAUGCUCCACGGAAGAAAUGUCUUUUAAGGACCAGCUUUGUACAGAAAUCUAGCAGUUGGUCAAUUUUCCAAAUGAUUUGGAUAUUGCAAUAGCAAGGAGAAGUGUCUUGGUACCAUUUAGAAGCUGGUUAGAUUCAGGUGAAAAGAUAUUUACAUAGAGCGGGAUACCGUCAGGAUUGAGUUUUCUUCCCAAUAUAAAUGCUGAACUUGACAUUUAAGUGCUGAAAAGGUAAGUUUGUGUCAUACUCAGCAGCUUCAGAUAAGAAACUAGGGCGCACAAUUUCAUUGAGCCAGAAGCCAGAAGAAAUCUGGUGUCAGUUUAAACUUAGAGACUAUUCAUGCCCACAAAUUAAAUUAGCACCAUCUUUCCGACGUUCACUUGAGCACAACUUUUGCAGUUUACAGUCGUGCCUACAUCACAACUCCUUUCUCUUGGGAAGGCAAGGUACUGAUCCAACUAAAGUCAGUAGCUCGAUUGCUCUACUGGAAGAUAGAUGCUGACAGCUGCAAAGGAUGAACGAGUAGAGAGAGGAGCUAAGAUAAGAACUGCAAAGAUUUUGUUCUCUCUCUUUGGCUCUCGAAUCACUCUCGGGUUAGGGAUAUACAGCAACAACGCAGACUCUCAAACGAAUGCCAACGAAUGUGCCCCUCUCUGCAAACUUAUGUAAUUAUGUUCAACUGGUACAGCAGCAAAAGUCAGCCGAUCUGAGAUCUUGCUGUAGGCGAAGGGUGUUGUUCCUUACUAUCACUUUUUCCGGAAAAAAGGCCCCAAAUACCACUUCAGAGAGGAUGACCUGACCUACCACUUUGUAAUCUAAAACGUUUGAUCGUGUAACGUUAUCCCUCUUCCACCUCAAAAUCUAGCAUUUUGUAACCCUAAACGCUAUUACAUGUCGCGUUUCAACUCCAAAACGCCAGACCAUCUAGUGUUUUAUAUUUAAUUUUUAGACCUAAACACAACAAGAUAUAACAUUUUUCUCCAAGAAUCAAAA